GGUGGGACGAGGCGGCGGCUCAGCACGAGGCUCAGAGCAGAGUCACAUUUGAGCUCGUCUCGGAGCGUCUGAGGAGGCUCAGUGUCGGAUGUGGCUGGAAGGACUGCCGGGCCUUGAACGCGAGAGGAGGCCCCAGCCAGACACGACAAAUGGAGGAGGUGGGAGCACAUCAGGGAGGCAUCUACACCUCCUCAGCUUCGGAAGGAGUCCAGGUUCACCAGGGGCUACCUGGGGUGGAGGAAGGCCGCCACUGGACGGACGACGAGGUGCGAGCGCUGCUGUGCAUCUGGGCCGACCGACGCGUCCGGGAGAGCCUGAAGAGCACGCUACACAACAAGUACAUCUUCCAGGAGAUAUCCAGCCAGAUGCAGCACACCUUCGGCGUGGCGCGCCACUGGAAACAGUGCCGCACCAAAUACAAGAACCUCAAGUACGACUACAAGAUGGCCAAGAGCACCCACGCGGCCCGCGGCGGCCGCAGCAGCCCGGGGAAGUACAUGAAGUUUUUCCACGAGGUGGAGGCCAUCCUGCUGGACCGUGGCCUGGAGGAGGGCUCUCUGGGGAUGAAGAGGAGGUUGUAUGACGGGGCCGCUUCAGAAAGUGAGGUCGUCAUCGAGAUAGACAACUAUGAUAACAGCGACCAUUAUGACAUGAACGGGGAUAUGGAGUCAAAACUGAGAGGAACAGGGGUGGAGCCGUCCGCCGUGGACCAGCUCCAAGUGGUCACCGUGUCGGACACGGGUCGGAACUGGAGCGACCAGGAGGUGCGAGCGCUGAUUCAGGUGUGGUCCGACGAGCGGGUGCGGCGCCAGCUGGAGAGCUCCACCAGAAAGCGGGACGUCUUCACGCAGAUCUCCAACCGGCUGAUGCAGCAGGGCAUCGAGCGCGACUGGAAGCAGUGCCACACCAAGUACAAGAACCUCAAGUACCUCUACCGCUCGCUCCAGAAGGGCAAGACGGACGACGCCGACCCGAAGCGCCUCAUGAGAUAUUACGGCGAAGUGGACGCCAUUAUGAAUCGCAGGGCAAGGGGCUCGCACACGGACCACCGCGUCGACUUGCGCCGAAUUGGGAUGCUGGCGGGCGACGCCCAUUCGGAGGCAGAGGAAAGAACGUGCCCCGCAGAGUCGAUUUCGUCGAUACGUCUCGCAGUAAUGCCACAAGAACAACGAGCGAUGGAAACGGGAAGCAGUCACCACUUGGACCAGUGGCACCCACAGGACACUUCAUUAGGAUCCCGUGAAAGCAGCCUGACCCUCGGCGACACUCUGUCGACUGGCCGAGGGAGGAAGAGGAAGGCGGACGACGAAGACAAUCUCCUGACACCAGUGAAAAAAACUGCCGAAAAUGUGAACAUUAAAGAAGAGCAGACUCACGUUCCGAUAAUAGAAGUCCUUUCAGUGUGCUCGAUGGCCUACCAAGAUGCACAUCAAGAGACGCAGUUCUGCGGCGUGACGAAGAGAAACAUGGCCACCACACAAGAGUUGACCAUCGGCCAGAAGCUGAACGAGGGCAAGACCAAGCAGAUUUUUGAGAUCGUGGAUCAACCUGGACUGGUUCUGGUGCAGUCCAAAGACCAGAUCACCGCCGGGAAUGCAGCGAGGAAAGACCAGAUGGAGGGCAAAGCGGCCAUCGCCAAUAAAACCACCAGCUGCGUGUUUGAACUGCUGCAGCAAUCUGGCAUCAAGAUGGCCUUUGUGAGGCAGCACUCCGACACGGCGUUUGUGGCGGCGCACUGCGAGAUGAUUCCCAUCGAGUGGGUGUGUCGCAGGGUGGCCACCGGCUCCUUCCUGAAGAGGAACCCGGGCGUGAAGGAGGGCUACCGCUUCUCCCCGCUCAAGAUGGAGAUGUUCUUCAAAGACGACGCCAACAACGACCCGCAGUGGUCGGAGGAGCAGGUGCUGGAAGCCAAGUUCUGUCUGGCCGGCCUCACCGUCGGCCGGUGCGAGGUGGACAUCAUGAACCGCAGCACCGUGGCCGUCUUCGAGAUCCUGGAGAAGGCCUGGGCCACGCAGAACUGCACGCUGGUCGACAUGAAGAUCGAGUUUGGCGUCAACGUGAAGACUCAGGAGAUUGUUCUGGCCGAUGUGAUCGACAACGACUCGUGGAGGCUGUGGCCCGCCGGCGACAGAAGCCAGCAGAAAGAUAAGCAGGUGUACCGUGACCUCAAAGAGGUGACCCCAGAGGCCAUGCAAAUGGUGAAGAGAAACUUUGAGUGGGUCUCCGAAAGGGUCAAGCUGCUGCUGGAGCCCCAGGCCAGCGGCAGGGUGGUGGUUCUCAUGGGCUCCACCUCGGACAUGGCCCACUGUGAGAAGAUUAAGAAGGCCUGCGGUUCCUACGGGAUUCCCUGCGUGCUGCGCGUCACCUCGGCGCACAAAGGCCCCGACGAGACGCUGCGCAUUAAAGCGGAAUACGAAGGAGACGGCAUCCCCACGGUGUUUGUGGCGGUGGCCGGCCGGAGCAACGGCCUCGGCCCCGUGAUGUCGGGUAACACUGCCUACCCCGUCAUCAACUGCCCGCCCAUCUCGCCCGACUGGGGCUCCCAGGACGUUUGGUCCUCCCUCCGUAUGCCGAGCGGUCUGGGCUGCGCCACCAUCCUCUCCCCCGACGCGGCCGCUCAGUUUGCGGCUCAGAUCUUCGGGCUGAACAAUCACCUGGUGUGGUGCAAGCUGAGGGCUUCCAUGCUCAACACCUGGGUGGCCCUCAAGGUGGCUGACAAGAAGCUCCAGGCCUGCAGCCUCUGAGACUAAAUCAUCAUCGAUCCUCCUCUGGCAGACUGCUUUGUCUCUUCUGAGCAAAAAAAAAAAAAAUUAACAUGAAUCUGUGCGUCAACAUUUCCAUUAAAAAUAAUUUGUUAAACU